AUGUCUAUCAACGUUGUACCCACAGAUACGGUUAUGGAUGCUGUCAACAAAAUGCAAGGCAUCCUUGACAACCUCAAGUCCAACCUCGACACACCAGCACCCAAGCAUACCAUUGUUAAAAAACAAUUAAUUCCGCUCAAGCUAACCAUCAACAACGGAGCAGGGGCAGGGGCAGGAGCAGGGGCACCGGGUCAGCAGGAAAAGCAAGAGGCGAUGGUACCCAUGCAAGCAUACAAAGAUAAAUGCAGUGAGCUGGACCGGAUGAAGCGCAAGCUCAAGGCUAAGAGCGAUGAUUACGAUUACUUGCUAGAGAAAUACCGCGUUCUGUUGGAGACCACAGACACGAUGAAGAAGCCUGUCGCUGCCGAAGCGCAAGCUCAGCAGCAGCAGGGGCAGACACACGAACAGGCUCAGCAGCUGACGACGCCCGCAAAGUCGCCGAAGCGCAGCCAUUUGGGUAUUGCAGAUGAGUGGCAGCGGGAUAUUCUGGACGCGGCUGGGCCCUCGAAGAAGCGGGGCCAUGCGAGCGAUUUUGUUUCUAUCUCCGGCGACCCAUUUCCUGCUGCGCCCAAGUCCACCCGGUCUACCAACGCAUGGCAGCCGCAAAAGCCAACGGAGGAUGAAAAGCGCGCCAAACGUUCAAAAUUGGAUUUAUUCAGCGGUGGACGGCGCAACACGCGGUCGCCUUUGGAGCCCAGGGCAUUGCCUACUACGUCGCCGCUGGCGCUUAGGCCGCUUACAGCGACAUCACCGGUGUUGCCGCUGUCGGCUAAGUUUAUGAAGCCUUCGAGGCCGGUGGAUUUGCGCAGCUCCAAGGCAAAGUCGCCUGUGCUUCAGCUGCCGAUGGUGAGGCAGCCACAGCAGCCGCGGUUGUUGAGGGCAGCGGCGAGCUCGCAGGAGACUCACAUGGAUUCUAGCGACCAAAUACUUUGCCCGGAGACGGACGACGAGGGCGAUAUGAUGCCUAGCGUUGAGGAGGUCCUACACCCUGCUGCCGUUGCCGCCGAUGCUCCUCCUGCCGCUGCUACAGCCGCCAAGCGCAUAUCGGACGAGGGCGAAGACUCGUGGCGCAAGGUGCUGGACCGCGACCCCUGGGCAGGCCAGGUGGGCGGCGAAAAGAAGAUCACGUUCCAGGGCUCGAGCCAUCCUGAGCCAAGGGCGCCAGUGGAUGCGGGUUUGGAAGGGAACAGGGAGCAUCGGCAGCUGCGGCAGCGGAUUUUGCAGGCGGUUGGCGAUUGCGCGCAGUGCAAAGGCUUUUACUCGAUGCCCGGGCUGGUGCUGCCCAAGCGCGACCCGAGCUCACUGUGUAUGCACAAGGAUAAGCGCAGCGGCGGCGGAAAUGGUGUGCUGGCUGGCCCAGCGACUGCGCCGCCGAGGGGCGAGCAUGCGAGGGCGGGGACGCCGGAGCAUUACUGGGAUAUCGAGUACUUCCCGGAAAUCCGUGUUGCGGGGCCGGAGCAGCUGCGCAAGAGAGAGGAGUCGAUGACGAAGGCGUCCUGA